GCUUCCUUGUGGCCUUGCCCUACGGCACUGGGGCUCAGCGUGCUGCCCGCUGCCCUCCGAGGAUUUCUGGCUUCAGAAAUUUCGGGUCCGUAGGAAGAAAAUGAAUGGUUCUGUGGUGUGCGAGCCUUGGAGUUUUUGGAUGAUGACUCCCUUCCUUCUCUGGGAUCUGUCUCCCUCCCACAGGAUCCCCGUGCGGUCCCGGAGUGGCUCUUUUUUUGGAGUUCCCCUGUGGGCUCCCUGAGCCACAGCAAGGGAUGCUCUCCAGCAGGACAGGAAGGACCAGGCCACUUCCCUUCUUGGCAAGCAAAUAAUUCACUUAGGCUAAUCCACACGCUUCUGAAUUCAGAGGGCCACCUGCAUGGUCCCUCUGGGCUUCUAGCUGCUCUGUAACUUGGGGAUGUUUAUUCCUGCAUUGCACACCCAAAGUGUUGGGAUGAAGGUCUAUGUGAAGAGGGGUUGGGGAGGGGUUCUAGAUGCCAGGUCCAGGCUGGAGCAGUGAGAGCAAGAGUUCUUUGCAGUCUCUAGGAAAACCACUGGAGAGGUGCCAGUUUCCCAGGCACCCAGUGGUCUUCCCGGUGGUCUGUUGUUCUGGGGGCAAGGGAGCCAGGGGCUGUUGAAAAAACUACACUUAGGGGUUGCUUCUAGCUGGCUUUUGGGAGUAGCUUAGCCCUGGAUCCUUCUUGCUGGGAGCUGACCCUGAGCUUGCAGAGGUGGAUGGACUUUAUGAUGAUGGACUCUCAGUCUCUUGUUGGCAUUCUGGGCUGAAUAAUUCUUGGUUGUGAGGGGCUGGCUUGUGUACCAUAGGGUGUUUAGCAGUGUUCCUGGCCUCUACCCACUAGAUGGGUAGCAUCCUCAUAGACAUUGUCAAAUUUGGGGGGGAAAGGGUGUAGAAUUGCCCCCCCCCACCCCCACACAGUUUUGAGCCACCAGUGCACUUGUAAAUGACCUUGCCCUCUGGGCAGGAUCUUGGCUUCCACUAGCUGCCAUGAACAGGCAACCCACGCUUUCCACUGUAGGGCACUGCCUUAAUUUGGAGGUGAAUGUAAACAUUGUUUUUCCUUGCAGGGUUCUGGGGUGAUCAAGGCUGGCUUUGCAGGAGAUCAGAUUCCCAAAUACUGUUUCCCAAACUAUGUCGGGCGCCCUAAGCACAUGCGAGUGAUGGCUGGAGCCCUGGAAGGGGACCUCUUCAUUGGACCAAAAGCAGAGGAGCACCGGGGGCUUCUGACUCUGCGCUACCCCAUGGAGCAUGGUGUGGUGCGGGACUGGAAUGACAUGGAGCGCAUCUGGCAGUACGUCUACUCCAAGGACCAGCUGCAGACCUUCUCGGAGGAGCAUCCUGUUCUUCUAACGGAAGCCCCGCUCAACCCCAGUAAGAACCGGGAGAAGGCUGCAGAGGUGUUCUUUGAGACCUUCAACGUGCCGGCCCUAUUUAUCUCCAUGCAGGCCGUACUCAGCCUGUAUGCAACAGGACGAACAACAGGAGUGGUGUUAGACUCGGGGGACGGGGUCACCCAUGCUGUCCCUAUCUACGAGGGCUUUGCCAUGCCGCAUUCAAUCAUGCGGGUGGACAUUGCCGGCCGCGACGUCUCCCGCUAUCUCCGGCUGCUGUUACGCAAGGAAGGCUUUGACUUUCACACCUCAGCUGAGUUUGAGGUUGUUCGGACCAUCAAAGAGAGAGCCUGCUACCUAUCCAUCAACCCGCAGAAGGAUGAGGCUCUGGAGACAGAGAAGGUGCAGUACACCUUGCCAGACGGGAGCAUGCUUGAUGUGGGGCCAGCACGAUUCCGCGCCCCCGAGUUGCUGUUCCAGCCAGACCUGGUAGGGGAUGAGAGCGAGGGACUCCACGAGGUGCUGGCUUUUGCCAUCCACAAGUCUGACCUGGACCUCCGCCGGACGCUGUUCGCCAACAUCGUGCUUUCAGGCGGCUCCACGCUGUUCAAAGGCUUUGGCGACCGCUUACUAAGUGAAGUGAAGAAGCUCGCCCCGAAGGACGUCAAAAUCAAGAUCUCGGCCCCUCAGGAACGGCUGUACUCCACGUGGAUCGGUGGCUCCAUCCUGGCCUCACUGGACACUUUUAAGAAGAUGUGGGUCUCCAAGAAAGAGUACGAAGAGGACGGUACUCGUGCUAUUCAUCGUAAAACCUUCUAGUGCCCAAGGAGGGGGCAGCGUGUUGGGAGAAUGGGAGGAAAGGGAAGCCAAAGUCCUUGACCCUUUCUGGUCUGGGCUCACGUACCAGGUGUAGGGUCCCCUGCAUGUCCUGAACCCCGGACAGGUGGUGCAACAGCGCUUCCCUGCAGCCCUCCCCUCCACACUCAAACGCACGCACACACAUGGUAUGUUUAGCUGCAUGGGUGGGAGUCUUGAGCUGGAAUGUAGGAAUUGAGGUGGUUCUGGGUGUCCCCCUUGGCAGGGCCAAUUAAGCCUAUGGUUUCUAGCUCUAACUUGCAGGGCUGCCACCCCGAGCUCUAAGGCCAGACACCCAAAUGCCCCCCAUUUCCUCUGAUAGGGUCCCUCCCAGGGCCAGAGUACCUAUAUAGCCUUGGGGAGUGGGGUAGAAGAGGUUGCAGCCAGCAGCGCCCCACUGGUGUAUCAUUGCUUCUCAUGCCACCUCCCCUUCCUGACCUGACUGUAGUGCAGAAGGCUGGUCACUCCUAGGCAUCCCUGACUUUCCACACUCUUUCCCCCCACCUUCCUGAGUGGAUGCCUUGGUGCAGGCUGAGUACUGAGCAUUCUGCCCUUCCCAGGGAGGAGUUCUGGCCCAAGGUGGACCCUGUGGAGCUAGGGCAGAGUAUGCAGGAGGUUCGGGCAGCCACAGUCUGUUGCGCUCUCCUCUUCAAAGCACUUCAUUGACUUGCUGCUCCUUCUUUACCCCAGUACCCUGGACAGAGAAGGGUUAAUGGUCUUCACUAGUUGAGGGGAAGCCACUUAAUCAGGAGUCAGACCCAGAGGGGUGAGGGGGCACAGUUCCUCUCCCAUGAAGGAGGUCUUCAUUAUCCUGGGCCAGGAACCCCUCUCCCCCUCCCAGAUAUGUAUAAUAAUUUAACACAGUUGCCUGAAAAAUACUUUUUUGUAAAUCAUUAUAGUAAUAAUUAUGGACAAAGCCCAGUG